GCGCAGCAGUCGCCAGUAGCGGCGGCAAGAUGGAGGCCCGGUGCCCCUGCUGCAGCGGCAGCGGCAGCGGCGGAGGCGCAUCGCUGCGCUGAAGAGGCGCCGGCGGCGGCAUGGCGUCGGUGGCGGCCUGGCUGCCGUUCGCCCGCGCGGCCGCCAUCGGCUGGGUGCCCAUCGCCAACAACCCGCUGCCGGCGCCGCCGGUGACGCGCGAGCGGCGGCGGCGCGAGGACGAGAAGUUCACCAUCAACGUGAGCGGGCGCCGCUUCGAGACGUGGCGCAACACGGUCGAGAAGUUUCCCGACACGCUGCUCGGCUCCAACGAGCGCGAGUUCUUCUUCGACGAGGAGGCACGCGAGUACUUCUUCGACCGGGACCCGGACAUAUUCCGGCACAUACUCAACUACUACCGCACGGGCAAGCUGCACUACCCGAAGCACGAGUGCCUGAUGGCCUACGACGAGGAGCUGGCCUUCUUCGGCAUCGUGCCGGAUGUGAUCGGCGACUGCUGCUACGAGGACUACAGGGACAGAAAGCGAGAGAACGCCGAGCGGAUGCUGGACGACAAACUUUCCGAAGGGAACGAGAACGCGCAACUGGCGCACUCCACCAUCAGGCAACGCAUGUGGCGUGCCUUCGAGAACCCGCACACGGGCACGGCGGCCCUGGUGUUCUACUACGUCACGGGAUUCUUCAUCGCCGUCUCGGUGAUGGCGAACGUUGUGGAGACGAUUCCCUGCGGACACGACUCUCGAGCCGGCGGUAGCCGCUCGUGCGGCGAGAGCUACAAGGUGGCCUUCUUCUGCCUGGACACAGCCUGCGUGAUGAUCUUCACCGCCGAGUACCUGCUGCGACUGUACGCAGCCCCGAACCGCUGCAAAUUCAUGCGCUCCGUCAUGAGCAUCAUUGACGUAGUGGCUAUCAUGCCCUACUACAUCGGUCUCGGCAUCAAGGACAACGACGACGUGUCCGGCGCGUUCGUCACCCUGCGGGUGUUCCGCGUGUUCCGCAUCUUCAAGUUUUCGCGACACUCGCAGGGCCUGCGCAUCUUGGGCUACACGCUCAAGAGCUGCGCAUCUGAGCUGGGCUUCCUCGUCUUCUCGCUUGCCAUGGCCAUCAUCAUCUUCGCUACGGUCAUGUUCUACGCCGAGAAGAACGUCAAAAGCACCACCUUCACCAGUAUACCGGCCGCCUUCUGGUACACCAUCGUCACCAUGACCACCCUAGGGUACGGGGACAUGGUGCCGGACACGAUCACGGGCAAGAUCGUCGGUGGUGUGUGCUCCCUAAGCGGAGUGCUCGUCAUCGCACUUCCUGUACCGGUCAUUGUGUCCAACUUCUCCCGCAUAUACCACCAGAGCCAGAGGGCUGACAAGAGGAAAGCCCAGAAGAAAGCCCGGAUGGCGCGAAUCCGCAUCGCCAAGGCGACCAGUGGUGCGGCGUUCGUGAGCAAGAAGAAAGCGGUGGAAGCGCGCCUGGCGGCCCAGGAGAGUGGCCAGGAUAUGGACGACAGCCCCGAGGACAUCUUCGAGCUGCAACAUCACCACCUGCUGCGGUGUCUAGAAAAGACCACGGACCGGGAGUUCGUGGAGCUCGAGGUGCCCUACAACGGGCAACCGAACCGUCCAUCUUCGACACCGCCGCUGUCGCCAGUGCCGUCCGUGGGCUCGGAGGACAAGUCGCUGCUCCAGUCCUGCUGUGGCCGAAGGUGCUCCAAGAAGAAGUACCAGCAGCAAGGUAGCGGCACCUCGGAUCAGGAGGAGGAGCUCAACGACAUCCAGGUGCGACUGCCGAACCGGACGCCCCCUAGCGACCACCACCAGCAGCAGCUGACACCUCCGCCACACCACGUCGUCACCAUGUCGCGGUCGAGUCUGAACAACCCGGCUCCGCUCGUGACCACAAUGACUUCCUCGCACGCUGGGGGUCCGCCGCUGGGCGUCACCACGGCAGUGGUCAGCUACCCGCCGCCCGCGGUCGGCCCAUCCUCCGACAACGACACAAUCGGCGGGGGCGGCUGCUCCACCUCGCUAGGAGUGGGCGCGCCAUCCAGCGCCGCCGCCUCCGCCGCGAGUGGCGCUGCGAUCGCAAGUGGUGCUCAAAGCGGCGCUGCCAGCGCCGGCGGCCCCAUGGUUCGCAUUUCAACACUGUGAUGAAGAGAAAGGCUAUAAAUCCGUCACCAUCAACAAAGACAGAUACCACACAUUCACUCUCCCUCCGAAAAAAAAAAAGAAGGGAGCAACGUCGGUAUCCGUUGAGGCGAAAUGAAUCUUGCCGGCGGCUCGGGCGCAAACUGGCGAGGCAACUCGGCGAGCGUGCACUUCCCACUUCUGUGGCCACCCUCGCGACCGCGAGAGUGACACUCCCUCUUCCGUACACCGGCGACAAAAACCGCGUUUCCGACGCUCCUGUGCCACUGUUUGUCACGAUAAGCGAGGCUGGGCCUCGGCGUUCCCCCAUUCCACGCUAAAAAGAAAACCGCGAGUGAAAGUUGCUUUUCCAGCUUCGAUCGCGUUUAUAUAUACCGCACGCGUGGUCGUGAGCACUUGGACACAAAAUUACUCAACCUGUCAGGACAGGUGAGCGAUGGACGCGAUACCGGCUCUCUCGCGCGCAACUGCAACCAAUAUGCAAACUACUAUGGCGUCUCACGACAUACGUGUUGCGACUACCAUCGCUUUCCUUUCGUGCUGUUCACUUCCUUUCUUUCUUUCUUUCUUUCUUUCUUUCUUUUUUUUCAAUAUGGAACCGCUAUUGCGUUCUUGAACUACAUUUUUUUUUUUUUAGCUGGAAAGCAUAAAAUCAAAUACGGGUCAUCGCUUCGUCCUUCUUGAAUUUUAUGUGCGUCCACAACGUUUCCCUAAGUCUUCCUCUCUCAUUCCUUCUCGUUUGUGCUGCCUGAGUGGACACUGAGGGCGAAAUUCUAAUACAGCUUUUCUCCAUUGUAUCGCCAGAGUCGGUGACUAUUCUACGUUCUAUUUCUACGUUCUAUUUCUACGUGACACGUUCUAUUUAUUCUACGCACUCUUGGCCACUCAUAUCGCAGCGGAGCAUCUGAGGCCGCUGAAAGUAGACCUAUCUUAACCAGACAGGACUCGGUGAGUUCCGCAUGUUCACCAACGUCCAAAAUACACCCGGAUCGUUCUUGGAUACGAAUAGGGUUUGAAGCCGAGCUUUGUUUCGGGACUAGAUUUAAACACCCUUUUUACGGUGCUACUGUGAGCUGGCCGAUGGCAUGCCUCCGCACCAAUCGUGGACCUUCGUGCUGAGCUGCAAUUCGGAUUGCGUCAUUCUCAUGACAUUUCCAACGCCAAAAUUACUUGCAUCAAAUACCGUCAUUGCACUCUCAUUCAGCUAUUUAGGUUCCUCUACAUUAUUUGUUCAAAUAUCAGUUUUUAUUUUUAUUUGGUGGAAAACGUCGGUCAGAUCGGAGAAAGGGAAAUAUUAAACUUUGCCUCCAUGAAUUUAGCGCUUAAACUGCGGUAUCGAUGACGUCGUACUUACUACACGAGCUCUGGGCUAUUUUCGCGUAUCUUGGUCUCUUUCAUGGCAAGGAAAUUUCCCGCAAGUUCCUCAUUUUCAAUGUCGGCUGACUUUGGGAUACAAUGUUGCCAUACUUUUUUUUAUUAGGAGCAGUAAUCUCAUACCAGGCGCCGACGUCACGUACAGCUGAUUCGAGAGUUCCGACGUGCCAUCGGUACACGCUCCUUACUUUUCACAGUUUCUGGCUUACCAAUAAGCCUCCUCUCACAGUAACACCAGCCUAUUCGAAAUUUCAUUAAUGUUACCCAUCAGUCUAAAUCAACUGAUUGUUUCUUUAGUGUCUCUCCCCAAGAUAACAGAACACCCAGAAGCCCACAGUGUUGGCUGUUUCCUGAAAAAUAUGAGUAAGAAAGAAAUUGAUUUCCAAUCGAAUCGUGGCUGCAGGAGAGAGGCAAAUCUUGUCCUCAGUGUCCGUUUUGGCAAGGGAGUCCACAUUAAAAAAAAAAAAAAGAAAGACAUUCGCAAGCAAGCUUUUCCCUAAAGCACAACAACGCUCUGGAUGCAGUAAUGUGUCUUGCGACUUUUGGAGAAGGUAGCCAGACGCCAACUUCAUAAUGGCUGCUUGCUUUGGGGCGAAGUGGUUCCUGCUGCGUUUUGGGAAUCCCCUAAAUUUGUGUAUUCAGGCCCGCCUGUUUAACCGGCGUGUUCGGUACAACUCUGCGCCGGUGGUUAAAGUGAAGGUUCAGCUAUGCAACUCUCGUAAGGGUGCCGAUACACGAUGGCAUCAAAUAACAAGUUUCGUAACGGCGCGACUUGUCAGCCGCAUCUCAACCAAAGUAAUAUACCGCAUGUUUCACCAAAUUUGAAAGAAAGAAAAAGUUUCUAGAUACAAAGGACAUUGCCGAAGGGAUUAACAAGCGUUCUUGGCGAUACAUUAUUUGUGGUCGAUGCAAUAAAAAAUGUACUUAUUCGCGUUAAUUAGUCAUUCAUUUUGUUAAAUUCCAUCGGAUAACAGCCUUAAAGAAAUCACCGUUAGAUAUUAUAGUUGCGGAAUUGAAAGUAAUCGGUUCUCAAGCCGUGUUCAUUUUGCAAGAAAGCCUGAGCAAGGUGCAUGUUCCGAGAUAAACUUCCCGAAAGUGUGAGUCAAAAUAAUCUGGCGUUUCAAAUUAUCUCUUCUUUUCAAGCUUUCUUCGAGAGUUGCGGGAAAAAGCUGUGUGAUGCACUAUAUAUAACAUAUAGUGCAUUUGGCGGCAGAUUUUUGGACGAAUAUAUCUCGAAACUCGAGUUAAUAUUUGGAUUCCUACCGAUUGGACAGGACUUGACUGCCUGACAGGUUUCAAAAUUCAACAUCACAUUCUGUGCAGCGACAUUCCUGAUUGGAAAGUUAAUCAGUGACCUCAAGUAAAUUGAAUGCUAAUUACCCAAAGCAUCCGCCGCUCAUAAAAAUGCAGUGCCGAAGAAAUCGCCUCUUUGUAGUCUCUAUAUCGCCUGUCCUGAAAAAGAAAUUCGCUCCUGUCAGCUGAAACAUGUGCAUGGCUGGCUGCCAGCUCUGAACCAACAAGACGGAUUUUUGACGCUUGUCGCGAAACCAGCGUAGCUUAUCCGGUUUCGACGGCCAGAGCCUAGCGUGCCGAACACGUCCGAGUAUAAGUGAGAUGUUUAUACUACGUUUAUAACUGCCUUUAAUAAUGCGCUUUCACCGCCAACGUUCAUGGGCGGUGAACCCUCUGUCCGGUCGCCCAUUUCCACUAUCUUUCAACUGUGCGGAUCUCUAAUGUAACAUUUACAUUAUGUGCGUAACGCUUGCGGAUCGCGCCUUUCAUUUUUAAAAUUUAUAUAACGAGAAAAAUACGGCACGUCAAAGUGGCAGCGACUACGCGGUCAACAUCUCUCACCACAUCGAUGUGCCGGUCAUGACCAGCUUCGCACAUUCUGAAACCUUGCGCAAAGACUGCAGUCCAUGGCUGCAUUCCUCGAUGUGGCAGGAGAGUUUGCCCCCGUGGCUUUUGUCAUCCGAGGUUCCGCGCUGGACCUUACUUCACCCAGAAACAAGCAUUCAAGGAAUUUGGCAUACAACGCAGCGCUUGUGAGAGCAGCCGAGUUUCCAUUAUGCAGAUGUUUACGUUUGAUCCGGUGCCGCUUUUUGCACCUCACGUAAGGUGCCCUUGACCGCGGGAAACCAAGCGGGAAACCAAGCUUUACGGACACCUUUCUGCUCAAGUUUACAACGUUACAGCAGCUCACCGUGUACUCUACACUAGUAACAUAACACAUCUCUACUCUUGAAUCAACGACGCCAAGAGAGAGGUAUAAAUAAAUAAAACGUCGACACAGGCGUUCCAGUCCAAGUAACUCCGAGUGCACACCGCCAUGCCAAGACGUUCGUUACACUUUCUUAGUUCUUUCGACCCCCUGCUUCUAGCUCCGCAGGUCUUCCUCGCAAGCUUAGGUCCGUAAAGUUUCUACGCAAAGUCAGGGGCGCAAGGCUUGUUCGUGGUCGUCAUUACAUGUUGAGCAGUCUCUUUCGCUUGGUGCAAAUCUCCUCCGACGUACGCGCUUGUCCCGCGGAGGUGGUGCUCGUCUACGCAAAUUUUUUUAGAGACCGCGCAUCUGUUGUGCGUCUUAUUUUUGCUACGCAUUGCACAAACACAACAUACAAACGCGCACUCGAGUUUUAAGUGUAUGCAGCUUUCUAUGGGCGCCCCCGUGCCACCCACUUGCCUGGCGAAAAGGAGUUGUGAUGACACCGUGUCUCCGGCUUUCCCCGCACGUCUUCGUGUUGUUCUGUCUGACAUUGUUCGUUAACCGCGGGCAGCCAGUCAUACGAGAAGGAGACACGGAGAUAUAUAUGCACGGCAACUUCUCCGCGUUAUCCUUUUUCUUUUUCUUUUUAUCACUCCGUUUCAUCGCUUCCGAGUGAGCACUCUCGUCGCGAAAUUAAGGUUGCGUCGCCUCUAUCACCGCCAUCGACCCCCUCCCUCUCUACAUCGCUUUCUCGACGGAAGAUCACAUACGCAAAAUCACAAAUGAAGAACAAACGCGAUAAAAAAAAUGUGUCUAGGCAGAAGAAGGCAUCUUGGUCGCUCUCUCGCAAAACCGCCGAAAGGUGUCGUCCUGCAGAAGCCGGAAGCUGGGCGGGGAAAGAGUGAAACCCCCGCCUUCCGGCCAACGAGGAUGACCCUAUACCGGAAGAAGUUCCACGUGUUCCAGCUCUGCGCAUCUCUUUGCUAUCUGUCGCUACCAGCCAUGUGUGUGUUUACCAGCACGUCACAACAGUGCGUGUGUGUGUGAGCUUGGCGACGGUGUGCACGCAGUGAAAAAAAAAAUUUUUUUUCGAAGACUGCUCCGCGCCAGUUCCCACCCGCCAAAAAAGGACAUGGAACCCAAAAGUGUGAUGAUAAACUCUUCGGCAGCGCCGUGUGAAAAACGGUGCGGCAGACUUUUCUCCUUCUCUCUCUCGCUCCUACUUUAGAGACAAAACAAAAGAAAGAGGACCGAACCACUGCGGACACUGUGUGUUCGCCGGGUGUGUGUAAAAAAAAAACUUCGGUGUGUUUGUUGUGUUCUUGUUUUUCCAGACUGUUGACAAAUCCUCUCCUAUAGUGAAAGAAAGAAAAAAUCAAGACUAGAACGCGUCGGUGACGAAGGGAUGAGAAAAAAAAAGAGAGAAAACAAAUUGUAAGUUACAUGGUGGCAAUCAAGCCCAUCUCUUCUUUUUCGUUUCUUUCUUUUCGGAUCUUGGCUUUCUUGCUUCUUUAGUGCCAUGCUUGCAAUAUGACACGCUGAACGUUACUGUUCCUUGUGCAGCGUUCAUAAGAAAUAAACACCCACGGCAUGUUUUUGAAACAACAUCCGACAGUUUCAUUUCACUAAUGCGAUCCUAAUUUCAAAGCGAGCUCGCAGCAACUGAUGCAUCUUUCAAGUUCUUGCGAUUGCUUUUAACCGUCAAAAGCUGCCUUCAAGGAACGGCAACGUGCUGCUCAAAAAAAUGUCCGCGGCAACAUUUGUGUUCUCUUCCCGAAUCUGUCAACGCGCUUACUGUUCCCGAAGUUCGUUUCAAGUGUUACCGUGUGUUAUUUGCCCUCAAGGUGUUGCCUUGCUUCAGUGAUUUUAACAUUUUAUGCAAGAUCCAGGCGUCUCCAUUUCUAUCUCUCUCUCUCUCUCUCUCUAUCUCUCUCUCUCCGAAAACUUUGUCACGGUCGUUGUUGUUACUGUUUACCGCGAUCAGCUUGCGCAGCGCUCACUUACGAAACAGUGUGUCUCUCGAUCGAAAAAAAAAAAGCGAUAUUCUCGUCUUAGACUUAAAAAAAAAAAAAGAAGCACGCAGCACUUUCUCUUUACCAAGCAUGUACUCUUAUCGUCGAUUAACAUUCUCCCAGCAUUCACGUCUUAUAAACAGAGCUGACUGUUUUCGGUGUUUAACGGUAAGAAGACGGGCCGCGGGUAGCAGGGUGGGGCGUAAUCAGGUUCACGUAUAGAUUGCCUAGUCUGUUGUUAUCUCUAUUUUUUUUCUCCGUGCAAUCCUUGUUUUGCACGGACGUGUGACGUCCAUUCGGACACCAGAUGCUACUGCAAUCAUUCAAGCUCCCUGAACACACUCGUGCUAGUUGUCCACCAAGCUUACUUAGGCGAGUGCGAGACUAUGCUCGAGCUGCUUGUCCCUUUCGAAGGCGUCUUUACGUGUACUGUGUAAAUGCUUCGUCAUCGAUUCCUUUGUAAUACUCACUCUCUAACACAGUGGUCCAGCAUGUCCGUCGUAGAAUGGUGCUCACGUUUCGUGCCAAUUUACUCAAGCGGCUUCGUGUGUGAAAAAAAAACUACAUAUAGAUUUAAGGAAAGGUGCGCUACCCACCAUAUCGCAGCCACACCGCCUUCGCGAGCAGUACGGCUCGUUCUUCUUUGCCGUGUGAGACCGAACACUGGAAGCUCUGCUUGCAAGCCGGUGACUAUUCAGACACUCUUUUUACGCCACGCGCGCGCGAGUUGAGAGAGGCGAACAAACACACCCACCGGCAGAAACUGUACGUCGUAGUGCAGCUUCUCUUUCGUCCAGUGUUCACGGGUCGUCUUCUCCAAGUCCUGAAAGUGGCCGAUAGUGCUCAGAAAAUUUCGCCCCCUCACCCAACAGCCUCUUUCCUUCGUCUGUACCUCUAAUGAACUUCAGAGACAGUAAGAGAAAAGAAAAACAAAUGAGCAUGACUCGACGUUUUACGAGACAUAUUAACGAGAGACGCAGCUAAUGUCAGUGAGCCUGCCGUCGACGGCACGAGGUAGACCACCGCCCACUUAGAGUUUCAGUGUAGUUUUUAGCGCUCAAAGAGAAGAUGCGGCUCGUUCUCCCCUGGGGGCAUGGCCUCCAAGAUCAAGAGGUCAUGCCUCCCAGCCUGUCUUCUGAUCUCGGUGGCCAUGCCGGGGGCGAAGUUUUGCAGGCCGACGUCGCUUGGCGGCGCGCGGUGACCACAACACUUACGUCACAGCGCGAAUCGUCUUGAACCGCUGCCGGCGCACGCCUUAUAAUUUUCGCAGCCACUGCUUGUAGGCCGCGACCGCAUAGCAUCCUAUAUUUUGCGCUCCCUUCGAUAGGCAGUCCUGUGAAUCUUCGGACGCAUCCCACGGAAAAAAAAGGUUGUGACCACGUCGGCCUUCGAGCAGACGACCCUGGAUCGCCAGUGAUCGGUGACGACGGACCUUAGAUUUGGUUGUGUCCAACAGUGUGUUUUCGUAGCCGUCUAUACUGAUAGACGAAGUAUGUAUAGGUUGCGUUGGGCGGUGUCGAAUUCGGCGCUCACUCGCACACCAGCUCCCUCCCCCUUUUUUCCGAGGUCGCGCAGGUGCGUCGACAUAUUUCUGUGUUUAGCAGAGUGCAACGCUGUCUCUACGUUUCUGGUUGCGCGUCUAUGUGGUGCUUUGUUCCGCAUGUCUGAAUGGAAAUGUCGGAAACUAAAGUUUCGUUUUACCCCUAGAGUUCGCUCCGGCAAAGCUGUUACGCGAAAUCCAAAAUUCGCAAUCCUGCAACGCCCACUGGUGCAGCCAGCCAAGCCGUUGUCCAUGAGAGAAAUGUAUACUAUGUGUUUCUGAGCCCUAGUUGAACGUGCUCACAGCGCGUCGUAUAGUCUGUCUGCUUAGAGCUAGCGUCACAAUGUAACAAAAGCUUCUGGACGCAAAAGUUACUUACAUUUGGCCCACCUACUCGGAGAGAUCUCGCUGGAAAGCCGCCUAUAAGUAGUGCUAUGCAGCAAAGCAUUUUUGUUCGGGAGUUCUUAGUGAUGCCAGCCAGAAAAACCAGACGUCGAACUUCAGGGGAAGAAGCCGUUGUGAAAACUUGCUGUGAGAAAAGUCGUCAUUUCUUCGUGUGCCUAGGAUACUUACGAGCUUUAGAGAGUAAGAAUGUUCAAAUACAUAACUGUGUCGUCGUUUUUAUGCUUGGCUUGAAGAAGAAAACAAAAACAUUAACAUGAAAAAAAUGAACAUUUAGGGCUAGAUCUACUGUGCCGUUAAGUUCCUGCUUUUUUUCUUCUUUUUUUUUUUAUUCGUAGUCGCAGUACGUACGGUCAUUUCAAAAGAAUAGUGUUUCCAAAUUAUGUGGCAUUCUGUCGCAAUCCAAAUACACUUUCUGCAGAAAAAGUAUUUUUUUUUUUUUUGCUAGUGUGGUGUUCUUUCACACUUGUAUAUCCCAGUCUAGCCUUGCUCUGUCUUCUUUGCAAUGUUGGACAACAGGCCUUUAUUGCAGGUGGCGCACAGUACCUGUCGGAAACCUUUCGCCACACUCUCUGAGAAACAUUAUUCAUUUAUCGCCUCAAUAUUCCCGUACCAAGCGUCGCACGAGCGCCAUACAGUGUAGGAGUUCAGAGAACCGUCGCUCGUCCCGUGUAGGCUCAUAGCAAAACGUGGGGCGGCGGUCAACACGUAGCGUCUACUCUUUUUCUCACGCGAGUGGUUAUACCGACACAAAGUAUACUCGCAGACAUCGUAGUUAAUCUCUAGAUUUCAAAACAUAUCGAAUCACUUUUUGAGCGAUGAACGAUCGAGCCCCAUAUCAGUUGCCACCAGUGAUGCCAACCCGAGAUUUUAACUGUGGAUCUAACAAUCGUUGUAAGAUUGUUUUUUUUAUUAUUGUUAUUGCUUUUCGACAAUUGGAGGCUUUAGACAUUCGCUUAUUUUUCGGGCAUGUCGUUGAACCACGCUAGCUCAAUGUAAGCAAUGAAUGCGCGUUCAUACGUUGGUCGAGGAAAACUAAUAUGUGAGACUCAGGGCUCAAGCAGCGCGGUAAGCGAGGCCAUUGUUGGUCAACAUUGGUUGUAUAAUGUUGCUAACUCGGCCCAACAGUGGCCUACGCCACGAAAUACAAGGCUAAUGUGGUCCAACAUUGGCUCUACCUUGGCCUGGCUUCCUGUGCUGCUAGUAUAGCUGCUCCGCAAAGAAAGAUUUAUAACUUACACAGUCCGGCUGCACUACUUUGUUGCCUGUGCAACCAGUCAUCAGGACGAGUCCUGUAUAUUGUCAAUACAGCGUGGUAUGUAGUCAACGCAUAUAGCAGCUCUUAAAGUGAUCUAAGACGUCAGGUGCUAUAAUAGGACAUCUGCCAUAACAACUCGCCGAAUACAAAGCCAUGAACUGUUUUCUACGAAGCAUGCAUUCCAUGCUACGGGACUAGACACCAGAGGUUGGCAACACUGGUUACCACAGCAUUUUGCGGGCGUAGUCGAAAAGCAGCGCCACCUUGCUGAAAAGCAAGAGAAUGCAAGCGUCGGUUCAGUUUCCGCUCGAUCGGCGAGGCUUGAGGCGAGAGACUCGGCGCUCUAUUAAUAGUUGUGUGCCUCGGAAGUAUGUAUUCGGUGCAUCCCGUAUAAGCCUAGCAUAACCGGUCGCCAUCUUCGACAGGUGCCACUGCAGCAUGACGAGCAAAGUACAGGAUAAUUUGGCAACGCAUUUUCGCGUGAUUCUCUCGUGCUAUCGGUUCGAUGUCUUUUGUUCUUUAGAGGAAGAAGGCUUCUGUGAGAUUUUGGGUGUUGCUGUUUUCUUUUUUCUUUUUCAUAGAAUGGUGGAUAUUAUAAUUCUUUGUUUGCUUGCCCACACUACGACCAGCAGACGCGUGUUGAUUAGCUUAAAAUUGCGCAGGCGCGUUGUUGCUUUAGCGCGUUGACUGUAAUGUCCGGAUGGUGUCGCAAGAAAGUUUAGGGUAAACGUUGUUUGUUCAACGUGCACAGUCAUAGUGCCUACGUCCUGUCUGCAUCGUUCGUGCUGUCUCCCCAGAAAUGUGUUGUCACAAGUUGCGAGCUGUGGACGCGCCGCGUAAGUCAUACCUGGAGCACUUCGACCAGUCCGUGACGGUGAUCACUCUUUUUAGUAUAUGGCUGAGUAAAUGACAAAGAGAAACGAGCUGUUCUCUACUUAAAGUCAUUACUGACUCAAGUUGUGCACCAUGUCGCAGUUUAGUUUCCGGGCUUUGUGGUGAAUAGGAUGUAUAGGAAAGAAAGGCCGAACAUAGCGGCGUUGCACGUUUCUAUGUGUCAAUGGAACCUUGCCGUAGUUUACAUUUGGUCGGCGGAUUCGAAAGGCGUCUGUUUCGUCCAAGCUCCACGCUUUAUGUGUACCUACGAUUCGACACGAACCCGAACCUUAACUAUUCAGUGGUUUCUUCGGAUUGAAUUCUUCCACCCGAUUGCUUUCUUUUCUCUUUCUUUCCAUUUUUUUUUCACAAUUUUUCAAAUUAGCAGGAAGUUCUCGACGCAUUUGAGCGCGACCAGGUCUAUCGGGUAUCGGGUAGCGCGAUAGUUCUAAGUAUAGAGCAUGCAGAUGUCAGAGGUUGUAACGCCUACAAAGUGCUAGUUAGCUAUUAACUAGUCGUAUGUGUAUACUCAGACGUAUUUCUACACGGAGACAAAUAAAAAAAAUAAAAGCAACAAGCUACACUUGGCUGUCAUCACCGACUGCUGGAGCUUUUCUUUUUUAGAUGCCUUUUUACACUGUUCGUUUUUAUUGUUGUUCGGGAUGAGUUUUAAAUAGCCACGAUGAUCGUGUAGUCAGGUGCGACUAGAGAAUUCGUAAUACCGUUUGUAUGUUCGGUAGAAUAGAAGCCUAUACUACCUAGCUCGUAUUCGUUCACCCUCCCUAAUAUGGCAACCUUUCUUUCCUAGUUUUUUUUUUUUUUUAAUCAGACACUAAGGCCGUUUGACACACGUUCUUUGUACAGGCCAUGAUUCUCCUUGCCGACUGUCCACGGGACGCUGGCGUUCAUACCAGGCACGCUUCUUUCGUACU